UCUACGUGUCGGUACGUGGACCGCAAAACCCCCCCUCUUAUCCUUCUUGGUAGAUACCAAGAGGGUGAGGGAGGUAGUGAAGACGCGGCGAGUUCCCCGGCGAUGAGUGCUUCGCUUCCGUUGGCUUUUCUGUCCAACAACACGCAAUACAACCCAAUUCCCAUUACCCAUUUCUCCCUUGGUUUCAAGCUUACUGACAAACGGUCCACAUUCCUCUGCAGGCAAAGCAAAAGCAAGAUCAGGAUCAGUGCCUCUUCAAACUCAGGCUCUUCCGGACAAUCAUCUAUGAAGGUCUCUAACGAUACUACAAAUCCGUUGGAAAGGGUUGAAGUUUUUGACUUGAGUGGAAAAGCUAUUCCAAUAUCCGAUUUGUGGAAAGAUAGGAAAGCUGUAGUUGCAUUUGCACGCCAUUUCGGAUGUGUUCUUUGCCGUAAACGAGCUGAUUUUCUUGCCUCUAAAAAGGACAAAAUGGAUGCAGCUGGUGUUGCACUUGUUCUAAUUGGACCUGGCAGUGUUGAUCAAGCAAAGGAAUUUUCUAAGCAAAUGAAAUUCCAAGGAGAAGUUUAUGCAGAUCCCAGCCAUUCAUCAUUUACUGCACUGGAUUUUGUUUCUGGGAUUUCAACCACAUUUACUCCAUCUGCAGGUUUGAAGAUAAUUCAGUCAUAUAUGGAAGGAUACAGACAAGACUGGGGUCUUUCCUUUGAAAGAGAUACCAUGAGUAGAGGUGGUUGGCAACAAGGAGGAAUUCUUGUUGCUGGUCCUGGUAAAAGUAACAUCUCAUACAUGCACAAGGACAAAGAAGCUGCAGAUGAUCCAGAUAUUGAAGAUAUUAUGAAAGUAUGUUGUUCAUAGAUGCAUCAGAAGGUACAUCUUAUAGUUUUAUAUUGAAGUUGUAACAUAUGAUUUUGUGUC